GGAAGUUGAAACCAUUGCUUGUUGAUUGCUUUUAUUCAAAGCAUUUUAGAAAUGGAGGAAAGUUGUGAACUCAUAAUCUAUUAUGUUGAUGAAUAAUAUAGCUACAAGCAAGCUUUGCAGUACAACAAGAUGGUCCCCAAACAGAAUAUGCAACUGUCCCGUAGUUCAAUACCAUCAAACAGGUCACCGUCUCCAAAUUCUUGCAAUGCAUCAGGAAUCAACGAGAAUGAGAUGUCAGGUUUUAAAAAAAAUAAAAAACACUUGUCAAUUAAAGGAGCAAGAAAUGAUGAAUGAAGACCAAACAGUUAAGUUGGAUGAUGCUGAGUACAAGUUGAAAGAUCAAGGACAUCAACUAAAAGCUCAACAAAAAAGAAUUGGUUCUACUGAAAAGACACUUCAUGCUUUAUGUGAAAAGUUGAAUCUUCCACUUCCUUCAACUAUGUUUGUUCCUGCGCAAGAUGAGCUUCGGACAAGCUUUAAUGAUAACAUAUUAACAUGAGUGA